AUGCAAUUCUCCUUAUCAGUAUUGUCAACGAUUGCUACUACACUCUUGGCAUUCUCUGCCACCACCGUUGAUGCUAAAACUCAUUCAAUCAAAUUGAAUAAGUUGUCCAAUGAAGAAACCUUGGAUGCUACUAAAUUUCAAGAGUAUACAAAUGCAUUGGCUAACAAGUAUGUAAAUCUAUUCAACAAGGCCAAUGGUAACCCUCAAGCAUUUGGCGCUCAACAAGUUUUAUCUGGUGGCGGUAAGAAACAUAAAGCUGAAAUUCCUUUUGUUACACCAGAAAAUAAAGGUGGUAAAUUUGAAGCACCAUUGACAAAUUACUUGAAUGCUCAAUAUUUCACAGAAAUUCAAAUUGGUACUCCAGGACAAACAUUCAAGGUCAUUUUGGAUACUGGUUCAUCUAAUUUAUGGGUUCCAUCUCAAGAUUGUACUUCUUUGGCUUGCUUUUUGCAUUCCAAAUAUGAUCACGAUGCUUCUUCGACCUAUAAAGCCAAUGGAUCCGAAUUUUCUAUCCAAUAUGGUUCUGGAUCUAUGGAGGGUUACAUUUCACAAGAUACUGUUAGCAUUGGUGAUUUGGUUAUCCCUAAACAAGAUUUUGCUGAAGCCACUUCGGAACCAGGUUUGGCAUUUGCAUUUGGUAAAUUUGAUGGUAUAUUGGGUUUGGCUUAUGAUACAAUUUCUGUAAACAAAAUCGUUCCACCAAUUUACAAUGCUAUAAAUCAAGAUUUACUUGAUGCACCACAAUUUGGCUUUUAUUUAGGUGACACAAAUAAGGAUGAAGAAGAUGGUGGAGUUGCUACAUUUGGUGGAUACGAUGAAUCAUUGUUUCAAGGAAAGAUUACUUGGUUGCCAGUUAGAAGAAAAGCUUAUUGGGAAGUUGCUUUUGAAGGUAUUGGUUUGGGAGAUGAAUACGCUGAAUUGUUUAAGACUGGUGCUGCCAUCGAUACUGGUACUUCAUUGAUUACUUUGCCUUCAACUUUGGCUGAGAUUAUCAAUUCCAAGAUCGGUGCAACCAAGUCUUGGUCAGGUCAAUAUCAAGUUGAUUGUGCCAAGAGAGAUGAAUUGCCAGAUUUAACAUUGACUUUUUCAGGCUACAAUUUUACUUUGACUGCUUAUGAUUAUAUUUUAGAAGUUGGUGGUUCAUGUAUUUCAGUGUUUACUCCAAUGGAUUUCCCUCAACCAAUUGGUGAUUUGGCCAUUAUUGGUGAUGCAUUUUUAAGAAGAUAUUAUUCAAUUUAUGAUUUGAAAAAGAAUGCUGUUGGAUUAGCUCCAUCAAAAGUUUAA